UUUGUAUGAAUCCUCUGCACUACAGACGCCAAGUAUCUACGAACUAACUGAAAUUGCCAAUGAGCUGGGACUGCAUUGUACAGAUGGGGAAUUAGAACACUUACAAGAGCACAUGUCUGCAAUUAUAGAAAGUAGUUACCAAAUCGUAAACGAUCUUGUGACACCUACACUUCCGGUAAAAUAUCCAAGAACGACUGGUUAUAGACCGGAACCAGAAGAUAAUAAGUGCAAUGCAUGGUAUUGGAAAUGUGAUAUAGUCGGAGCGUCUGAUGGUAUCCUUAUGGGUAAGUCUGUGGGCAUCAAAGAUAACGUAUGUAUUGCUGGUAUUCCCAUGAUGAAUGGAUCAAAGAUAAUGGAAGGAUUUGUACCUGAUAUUGACGCUACUGUUGUUACCAGGAUACUCGAUGCAGGUGGCCGUAUUGUCGGCAAGACCAAUUGUGAACACUUGUGCUUUAACGCUAGUAGCUGGACGAAUGAUACUGGACCGACAUUGAACCCUCAUGACAAGUCGAGAUCUGCGGGUGGUUCAAGCUCAGGAAGUGCAGUGGCGGUAUGGAAUGGUGAUGUUGAUAUGGCUAUUGGCGGAGAUCAGGGAGGGUCCAUACGUAUUCCUGCAUCAUGGUGUGGUAUUGUUGGGCUUAAACCCACCUGGGGCUUGGUACCUUACACGGGAGUUGUUCCAAUAGAAAUAACAUGUGACCAUGUUGGACCGAUGGCUAGAAAUGUUCACGAUUGUGCUCUUUUGUUAGAAGUAAUUGCUGGCUUCGACGAUGGACGUGAUAUGCGACAAUCUAAAUGCUUGAAGGUUCCGAAAUAUUCACAAUUUCUUGAUGGCAAACUUGAGGGCUGGAAGAUUGGUUUGGUGACUGAGGGUUUCAUAGGUUGUGACAGUGACGUUGAGUCUAUCGUAAGAGAAGCGGCCAAACAACUGGGUAAAGCUGGGGCUGAAAUGGAAGAAGUAUCUGUGCCCAUGCAUACACAUGGUCUUGCUAUAUUGCUGUCGAUCUGUACAGAUGGGGGAUACCAAUGUAUGGUCCGUGGAACUGGUGCUGGGUAUCAUUACAAAGGAUAUUAUGCAGAAUCUGUGAUGAAACAUCUGUUCAGUGGAUACAAGAAAGAGGCCAAACAAUUGUCAGAAAAUAUGAAGUAUGCCUGCCUUUGUGGCAAGUACAUUGACAAGAAUUACGGAAACAGAUUCUAUGGACGUGCACAGAACCUGAAUAUGCAACUUACAAAAGCUUAUGAUGAGGCCUUGGCAAACUAUGACGUCAUCAUAAUGCCAACAUUGCCUUAUAAAGCACCCCAUUUACCAACAAAAUAUUCAUCAUACCAAGAACGCUUCCUAAAUGACCACGGUACGUCGAAAAACACAGCACCAUUUGACUGCACGGGUCACCCGGCAAUUAGUAUAAACGCAGGAAAAUCACAAGGGCUUCCAAUUGGAAUGAUGAUUGUUGGAAAACAAUUUGAAGAUACCAAGGUCCUUCAAGCAGCGUUUGCAUUUGAACAGUUGCAAGAGAAAUUAUUCCUCUACUGAUGAAAAUGUAUAAAUAUAAAAGAAUAAAAUGUGUGCAAACAUACU